AGGUUGCGUUGUUGUUGGAGGAGGAAGUGAAAGGAGAAGAGAGAAGCAGCAGACAGACAGAUAGUUAGCUCGCUGGUAGGACAGCCCUUUAAGCAAAGUGCCAAAUUUACACACCAGUUUGUAGAUAAUCUGCCUUGUCAAUUUAAGACACGGUUUUUGUUAGUUUUCACGCAAAAGGACGACACAUUUAGCCAAGAAUCUGAACCGCGGCGUUGCCAAAUCAUCGCUCUAGCUACCGAGUAGAGCUAGUAGCCAUAGCUACCGAGUAGAGCUAGUAGCCAUAGCUACCGGACCGUAACGCCUAGUUAGCCGCUACCGCUGACUGUCCUGAGACAACAACAGCCAGUCAGCUUCAGUCUGCUCGCUUCUCCGGUAACAAGUCGACUCUUCGGUGUGAUACAAGUUGAAAGGAUCGGGCGGAGCAAGUUGUGCAUCAAACUCAUAAUAGUAAUGCUGUGGAAAAAUGACGUCCAGGAAGAAAGUGCUCUUGAAAGUCAUCAUCCUGGGAGAUUCUGGUGUUGGAAAGACCUCCCUCAUGAACCAGUAUGUGAACAAGAAGUUUAGUAACCAGUACAAAGCGACAAUAGGAGCAGACUUCCUGACCAAGGAGGUGAUGGUGGACGACCGACUCGUUACAAUGCAGAUCUGGGACACAGCUGGCCAGGAAAGGUUCCAGUCUUUGGGUGUUGCGUUCUAUCGUGGAGCAGACUGCUGCGUGCUGGUGUUUGAUGUGACCGCACCCAACACCUUCAAGACACUCGACAGCUGGAGGGAUGAGUUCCUGAUCCAGGCCAGCCCUCGAGAUCCUGAGAACUUCCCCUUCGUGGUGCUAGGCAACAAGAUUGACUUGGAGAACAGACAGGUAACCACCAAAAGGGCCCAGGCUUGGUGUCAGAGUAAGAACAACAUCCCCUACUUUGAGACCAGCGCCAAAGAAGCCAUAAAUGUAGAACAGGCAUUCCAGACAAUUGCACGUAACGCCCUCAAACAAGAGACAGAGGUGGAGUUGUAUAAUGAAUUCCCAGAGCCCAUAAAACUGAAUAGGAAUGACGGAGCUAAACCUUCAGCAGAAAGCUGCAGCUGCUAAGGGACAACUUGGACCAUCUUCUCACUUGGCUUUCUGAAUCACCCCGUCACCGGUUACAUCACCUGCACCUCACCCCCCAGGGAAAAGACUUCCCUACUGGUCUUCCUCCUUCACGCCACUUUUCAUUCCAUCGACACAACCCCUCACGCAGUACAUGGAAGUACCUCCCCCACCCUCACUUAGUACACAAAUUAAUACACUAGCGUACACUCGCUGACAAAUCCAGUGCUGAAAGAUCACACGAGAGAGGAAUGACACCCCUUCUGACCUCAAAGUCCCUGACGCGAUAGUGAGUGAUCUCCUGCCCCGACCACCCGCUGUUCUGACUUUGGCCCCCGACUCUCAAACCGAGGGGGCAAGAUGGAGCCAUGUUCAAAGAGUGCAAUUGGGACCUCUAGAUGGACUGGCUGAAGCUCUGUAAUGUGAGAUGAUGUUGGCUAAUGUCAGCAUCCCACGUAUCUUAUUCUCUUUCUGUUUUCUCUUAGCUUUCUAUUGCCUAGCUGUCAAAAAAUAAUCAAGUUGAACUAUAUAUAUAUAUAUAUAUAUAUUUUAAUUGGCUGAUUUCUCAAGCCAAUCUGAAACACAUAUUUGUUUUUUUGCACUUUCUUUUUAUGUUUUUUGCCUUUAAAUAUUAUAGAGGGAUGACUGAUUUUGGGCAACGUCUGCUACCACAUGCCUUUUGGUAAGCUUCAAAUUACACCUCCUCACUUGUUUUCCCUGUCAAUUAUGUCCCCUGAGAAUCUGUUGGAACACUUUUGGUGAUUGUACUGCCUUUUCCCUUCAAGUUUGUGCGUCAGUGGGUUUAUAACUGCCUCACACUGCAGAUGAAAUGUUCCUAAGUAGACAUUAAGUAAAAGCUGAUAAUGCAGUCACAGUGUAAAACAUGGAUUAAUUCCUUGAUAUAUUAAUAUUUGCCUUUUAUGUAACAUUACUUGUACUGCUACUAUUACUGCUGUAUAUGUUAUGUCCUUCAUCAGACAUCUUUCAACGCUAUGGAAUUACAAUACGUGUCACCAACACAGCAUACACCUGUCUUCUGUCAUGUCUUUGUUAUUGUUGUUCUCUCUCUAUCUGCUUGUAGCUCAGGUUGGCUAAGUACUUAAUAUUUUUAACGGAUUGUGCAUUACGGUGUAUAGAUGGUAAAGGUAAAAUGGCUGAUGGAUUCAACUGAAAUGGAUGUUCUCUCUUCCAUUUAAAGAAAAGAUCAAACUUUUUGCCCUGGUAUUACUCCUCCUUAUAGAAAAAAAUCACUGCGAUGCCAAUGAUGUUGUCAAAGAAAAUUGGGACGUCAAAUAAUAAAACUCUUGAAUAUAUCAA